AAAAAUACAAAAACGAGUGAGAGAGAGAGAGAGAAAAACUUCAAAGCUCCAAUUUGAGAUUCUUCCAUCUCCACUGACUUGUAUUGGGGAUAGGGUUAGGGUUAGGUUUGCCCGUUUGAAAUUAAUCUGCAGAAAGAUGGAGUCGGAAGAAGAGUACAGAAGGAAGGAGCGCAUGGCAUUGUUGGUGAUUGUGGUGCUUGCUUCACUGUCCGUCGCUUCAUUACUCGUCGCCUUCAGCUACUACUGCUACGUCCGCAACAAGGUCGCCAAGCGCCUCAAGAACCACAAAGGGUCUGACCCUGAGGACAAAGGUGGUUUUUCAAAUUUGCAAGUUGCUUCCAACAAAGGACUUCAGGUCUUCACAUUCAAGCAACUACAUUCCGCAACUGGUGGUUUCAGCAAGUCAAAUGUCGUUGGCAAAGGCAGCUUUGGGUUAGUGUACCGAGGUGUUCUCCAUGAUGGGAGGAAAGUGGCGGUUAAGUUUAUGGACGAAGCAGGAAAGCAGGGAGCAGAGGAAUUCAAAAUGGAGGUGGAAUUGCUAAGUAGGCUGUGCUCUCCAUAUUUGCUGGCACUACUUGGGUAUUGCUCAGAUAACAGUAGUCAUAAGUUGCUGGUGUAUGAGUUCAUGGCAAAUGGUGGUUUGCAGGAACAUUUGUAUCCUGUCAAUGGUUCUAAUGCUGUCUCCUUUAAGUUAGACUGGGAAACCCGGUUGAGAAUAGCUCUUGAAGCUGCGAAGGGUUUGGAGUAUCUCCAUGAACAUGUCAGUCCUCCUGUGAUUCACAGAGAUUUUAAGAGCAGCAACAUUCUCUUGGAUAAAAACUUUCAUGCCAAAGUUUCUGAUUUUGGAUUGGCCAAGCUGCUUGGAUCUGAUAAAGCUGGUGAUUACGUUUCCACCAGAGUAUUGGGUACACAGGGAUAUAUUGCCCCCGAGUAUGCAUUAACAGGGCAUUUGACAACUAAAUCAGAUGUUUACAGCUAUGGGGUUGUGCUUUUGGAGUUGCUUACAGGCAGAGUUCCAGUUGAUAUGAAGAGACCUUCUGGCGAGGGUGUUCUUGUUUCUUGGGCAUUGCCCCAGCUGACAGAUAGGGAGCAGGUUGUACAAAUCAUGGAUCCUGCAUUAGAGGGUCAGUACUCAAUGAAGGAAGUCAUUCAGGUGGCAGCAAUUGCUGCAAUGUGCGUGCAACCCGAAGCCGAUUACAGGCCGCUGAUGGCAGAUGUUGUGCAAUCACUGGUACCGCUUGUGAAAGUUCACAGGUCAACUUCGAAGGUAGGCAGCUCAUCUAGUUUUCAUGCUACAAAGUCACCUACAGCGCAGAUUAGUAAAGCAAGUCUAUGAAAGUAAUUGAAGACACGCGUAAAUCACCUACUGAAGGUGGUUCCUAAGGUAGCUAAGAUUAGAUUAUGUGUAAUCUCAUCAUCAGUCCUGUAAGUUUUUUUGUAGUCUCUGCUAAUUUGAUCGAGGAAGAAUGUAGAUUGAAGUAAAUAGAAUGUCAUCCGAAUUAUGAACCUAGCUAGCAGACAUGGUCGACUUAAGAAGGCUCCUUAUGUAGUAGAUGAUUAAAACUCUCUCUCUCUC